UCUUUUCUUAGGGCUUUUGUUAAUUUUUGUUGCAUUUGAAAGAGUGUUUUAGGCUGAUAUUUUCUUCUCGGCUGCCGUUGCAAAAAAGCAGUGCUAAAUUCGGCCUUCUACAGAUGGAUCCAUCAGCUCUGAAUUCUCCCGAUCUGCAACGAUUCCUCAAUCAAGAAAAGGAAAAGGCCAUGGUCAAUGAGAUGGUGGCAAAGCUUACAAGUGUGUGCUGGGACAAGUGCAUCACUGGCACUCCUGGGAAUAAAUUCAGCUCCAGUGAAUCAGCUUGCCUUUCUAAUUGUGCUCAACGGUUCAUGGACCUGACUAUGAUCAUUAUGAAACGCAUUCAAUCCAUGCAGUAAACAGAUGCUCGGAUUGUUCGCUUUUCCUGCAAAAUCUGCUGUAUUUUUUUAAACAGGUGCUUGGAUAUGAAAUUCCUAUACGAGGACAUCUUUUGCGUAGAGUAUUCUACAAAUCAUUCGUCUGAACUUUCAUGUGGUCUUAAACAAAUGCUUGUUUAUCUUAGAAAAGAAUAACGAAUCUCACA